CGAGAGUCCGGGAUGCAACUUGCGACAUCCACAGCCAAAGAUGCAUGAUGAGUAGGGAGUCUUGCCUACCAAGGGCGGGAAAGGGGUGUGGAGAUUUUUUGUUAUGUCUUUUUGUACUUAAGAGACCCGAGACUCCCACACCUGGGUUUCUUGUACACUUUGUUUUUUUGUGUGUUUUUUUUUACAUUUAAGUCCCAGUUGAAUACGACGUUUCUUGUCGAUCAUUGUUAUUUGAGAUCUCGGUACAUCUCGAAUACACCACACCAGGCACACAUCUAUCUCGCACAGGAUAGAGUUUCAAGGGUUUCACCGAAUCGCUACUGUACUUUGUCCACGCUACACCAACUUUAAUACACAACAAAUUUAAUACACACCAACCAACAGAUACACGCACGCCAAACGCCAAAACAGCGCGCCGCCAUGGCGAGCAAUUCGCCAUCACGAUCCUCGGUAUCGUCCAAGACAGCAACAGAGGCCAUGGAUGCCGAGUCACUGAGGAUGAGGCCGCAAACAGGCCACUUCAGUCUGGUCUUUCACCCCUCGGGAAUCAACGCCGAGACGCUCAACCAUCCUUACUGGGGAGACGGCACCGAGGACUCACCCUUCGUCGUUGACUUCUUGCCCGUCGACGCUUACAAUCCUACGACGUACCCGGGCUGGAAGAAGUGGUGCAUCACGUUGCUGCACGCCUUUGCAACACUAGCAGUCUCGUUUGUCAGCUCUGCCUACUCCGGCGGCGCAGCCGAGAUCAUCAAGGAAUUCCAUGUCUCAACAACAGUUUCCAUCCUCGGCAUAAGCUUAUUCGUCGUCGGCUUUGCUGUGGGACCGCUGAUAUGGGCUCCACUGUCUGAGUCCUUUGGUAGACAGAUCCUCUUUUUCGGCACGUAUGCGGCACUGACGGCCUUCAACGCUGGGGCCGUGGGGGCCCCUAACAUGACGGCCCUGGUGGUGCUGCGCUUCUUCGCCGGUGCCUUUGGCUCGUCCCCCCUGACAAACUCGGGCGGCGUCAUCGCCGACAUGUUCUCGGCCGAGGAGCGCGGCAUGGCCACGGCCAUCUUCGCCGCCGCCCCCUUCCUCGGACCCAGCUUGGGCCCCAUCGCCGGCGGCUUCCUCGGCGAGGCCGCCGGCUGGCGCUGGAUCAUGGCCCUCAUGGCCAUCUUCACCGGCGUCAUGUGGAUCGUCGUCUCCCUGCUGGUGCCCGAGACUUACGCCCCCGUCCUGCUCCGCAAGCGGGCCGCCAAGCUGACGGCGCUGACGGGCAAGCUGCACAUCUCCAAGAUGGACAGCAUCCAGGGCCGCCAGACUAUGGGCGCGCGGUUCCGCACCUCCCUGUCCCGACCCUGGAUCCUUUUGUUCCGCGAGCCCAUCGUGUUGCUCAUCUCGAUCUACAUGGCCAUCGUGUACGGCACCAUGUACAUGAUGUUCCCGGCCUUCCCCAUCGUCUUCCAGCAGGGCAAGGGCUGGAGCCCUGGAGUUGGCGGCCUGGCUUUCAUUGGCAUCGCCGUGGGCAUGAUUUUCGCGGUUUCAUAUGCAAUCCACGACAACAAGCGGUACAUGGCGGUGGUCAAGGCCCACAACGGUGUGGCCCCGCCCGAGGCUAGACUUCCUCCCGCCAUCAUCGGGUCGGUCUUGCUCCCCGUUGGUUUGUUCUGGUUCGCCUGGACCAACGGAAACGAUGUUCACUGGAUUGUCCCCAUCAUCGGAUCGGGGUUCUUUGCUGCCGGGCUUGUCUUGGUGUUUUUGUCUCUGAUGGGCUACCUCAUCGACUCGUACGUCAUCUUUGCCGCGUCGGUCCUGGCCGCCAACUCGGUGCUUCGUUCUCUCUUCGGCGCCGCCUUCCCCCUCUUCACGAGCUACAUGUACCGUGACCUGGGCAUCCACUGGGCGUCGUCGGUGCCCGCCUUCCUCGCGCUGGCGUGCCUUCCUUUCCCGUUCCUCUUCUACAAGUACGGCGAGCAGAUCCGGUUGCGGUGCAAGUACGCGGCCGAAGCGGCCGAGGUGCUCAAGCGCAUGCGCGAGAGCAACGUCGAGGUGGGCGAGGACGAGGCCAUCGCCGAAGCCGACGAGCUCGAGAGGCAAAAGACGCUCGAGCGUCAAAAGACCCAAGAGAGGCGCCGGUCGUCGCUGCUGAGCCCGCUGAGCAGGGCAGGCACUGGACGCGCCUCGGCUAUGCCGUUUGUCGACACCGGUGUCGAGAGCCCAGUCGAGAGCACAGUCGAGGGGUCGGAGAAGAUUACCGAAAAGGAUGUGAACGCCAAGGCGUAAAGAAAACCCCGAGUCAAUUGAUUUGGGACAUCCUUAUUUUCUUGGAAAUAUGUCUUUUAAUUUUUUUUUGCAUAUACAAAGGCGUUGAUUGGAUUUGUUACGAUGAUGAAGUGGCGACAACACCAAGCAUUAUAUCUGCGUUGGGGCCCAAAGAGCAUAAUAGAUUACAAAAGUAAUAUAAAGAUAUAAAGUAUGAUAUAUUAAUUACAUACCUACGUCC